ACAGUUUAAAUUCACCAUAGUUCCAUUUCUCUCUUCUCACUUCCACCUAGUUUUCCUUUCACUCAAACAAUGGGUUUGGAAGUAGAAGAACCAAUAACGACAGGACAAUCCACAGCACCAGAAACGAUGUCGUUGAGUUCACCGCAAAAAGUUCAAAACAACUUGACCGUUACAUCCACGCUCCCAAUCGUGCAGCCUCACGCGCUUCUCCCAAAGCCUGUGCCCCCAACCGCAGCACUCCGAAACGACGUCACCGUUUCCUCUGCAUUUGGCAAGUUCUUUCACCAGCGCCGCCAUGAGCUGUCGUCUGCAAUCUCGCGAGGGAUCUCCACUCUUAAGCACCAAACCGACGAUGCUUUGAAGAAGAACAAGAACGAAGGCGUGACAGAGUUCAACCUCUCUGGACUGAAAAUCUUUGUCGCGGUAAAAAAGAACGCACCGUUCUCACAGCGCCGCAUCAGCUUCUUCUCGCGCUCAAACUGCAGAGAGUGCAGCGCAGUGCGGAGCUUCUUCAGAGAGAGAGCGCUGAGGUUCGUGGAGAUAAAUGUGGACGUGUUCACGGAACGGGAUAAGGAAUUGAGGGAGAGAACGGGGAGCACGACGGUGCCGAAGAUUUUCUUUGGAGAAAAGCUGAUAGGAGGGCUGGUGGAGCUCAACGCACUGCGGAAGGACGGCAACAAGGAGUUGGAGAGGCAAUUGAAAGACGCAGAAGGAGAGGGGCCGGCGGCUCCGGUGUACGGGUUCGAUGAAGCGGCGGAGGAAACAGUGAAGGAAGAAGCGGCUGAGGAGACUUUGAAGGUAGUUAAGGUUUUGAGGCAGAGGUUGCCAAUUCAGGACAGGGUGUUGAAAAUGAAGAUUGCGAGGAACUGCUUUGCAGGGAGCGAGUUGGUGGAGUUUCUGGUUCGCCACCAUGGCUACGCUCCUACCAAGGCUGUUGAGAUUGGAAAACAGUUAUGCAAGAAGCACUUCAUCCAUCAUGUUUUCGGGGAAAAUGAUUUCGAGGAGGGAAACCACUUCUAUAGAUUCAUUGAGCACGAACCCUUAAUCUCCAAAUGCUUUAACUUCCGUGGUGCCACGUAUGAUAGUGAACCGAAGGCUGCAGCUGCAGUGUGUGAUAGGCUCACCAAGAUUAUGUGUGCUAUUCUUGAGUCUUAUGCUUCUGAAGACAGGAAACGUAUUGAUUAUCUGGCCAUUAGCAAAAGUGAAGAAUUUCGUAGGUAUGUAAACAUGACCCAAGAUCUGCAGCGGGUGAAUCUAUUGGAACUAUCAGAAAACGAGACACUUGCCUUCUUCUUAAAUUUGUACAAUGCUAUGAUCAUCCAUGCUGUCAUUAGAGUCGGGUGUCCUGAAGGUGUGAUUAAUAGGAGAUCCUUCUCUGAGUUCCAUUACUUGAUUGGAGGGCAUCCUUAUUCUCUUAGUGCUAUUAAAAAUGGAAUCCUCAGAAGCAAUCGGAGGUCACCAUACUCCUUAAUCAAGCCCUUUGGCUCAGGAGACAGGCGCUUAGAGCUUGCUCUUGUAAAAAUGAAUCCGUUAGUUCACUUUGGCCUUUGUAAUGGCACGAAGUCGAGCCCAAAGGUGAGGUUUUUCUCACCCUAUAGAGUAGCAGAAGAGUUGAGAUGUGCAGCUAGAGAGUUUUUUGAGAAUGAUGGAAUUGAAGUGGACUUGGAGAAGAGAACGAUUCAUCUCACUCCAAUUUUCAAGUGGUACUCUGGGGAUUUCGGACAAGAGAAGAACAUGUUAAAGUGGAUAAUAAAUUACUUGGAUGCAAAUAAAGCUGGUCUUUUGACACAUCUCUUAGGUGAUGGUGGCCAUGCUAAUGUCUCUUACAUGAGUUAUGAUUGGUCAAUAAAUUACUGAGUAGUUGGGAACCGUUAUUUGUUCUGCAUAUAUCUCAAUUUUUAAUUUAUUAGAGUGUAUGAAAGAAAGACUUUGAUUGAUAUUGAUACCAAAUCUGAGUGUAGAUGAGAUAUUACUUAUAUAGACCGUACAAUUUGUAAACCAAAAUCUGGUGAAAAAUGGUCAUAUUUGUAUCUGUGAAAGAAGGAGCAUCUAGAUGACCGACCAACGAUUGAAUCCACGAGUUUCUACUUGGGUGAGAUUUUUACAGAAAAUGUAUCAAAGUUAAACUAUACUUAUAUAUUAUGGGUGUUCUAUAUGUUA